UAUCGUACCGAACAGAACGAUGGACCCCAACGCACAACGUCCGUAUGUGUCCGCUGACCGACCCGUCCACGGUCUACGAGUAACCAGUCGGAAGUCUGGCAUCGAAAUCUGGACGUGAAAAUGAUCCAUAAUGGAUUGUUUGUUCAAGAAGCUCAAGGGACUCAGGGGACCUAAGCCUGAGUCCCCGAAAUACCGAAGACAGAGGACUGCAAGAGACAAAACAUCUCAGGCCUCAACUUCGGAUACCAGCUCAUAUUACUCCGCGUCCUCCAAUUUCAUUGAUAAGGUGAUACUGGGAAAGCAUAUUUACAUUCAAAACAAAUGUGAAGAAGAGCCUGAUUAUGCACUAUCGGAGUUUGUAGUGGAUUGUCUAAACUGGCACAACAUAUUCAGAGACAAACACGGUGUGCCUCAUCUCAUUCUCAACAAGCAGCUUUGUGGCAUGGCACAGUUUUGGGCUAACCACCUCGCACAUACAAAUACAUUCGGUCAUCGGAAUCUGAGAGACAUAGGUGAAAAUCUUUUCUCAAAAUGGUCAUACAUUCCUGAAUUUGACAUAACAGCUCAACAAGUCACGAAGUACUGGUAUGAAGAGAUAAAAACGUACAAUUUCUUCCAGAAUCCCAAUUUAUUGCAUGUCAAAGCAGGCCACUUUACUCAAAUGGUUUGGCGAAGCAGCACCGAUUUUGGUGUCGGGAAAGCUCGAUCUCGAUGUGGAAAAGUGAUAGUAGUAGCUAACUACAAACCAGCUGGAAAUGUUAUUGGCGAGUUUCAGGACAAUGUCUUUCCACCAAUCAACGAUAUGGAUAUUCUCAACGAAAUCUGAUGAGCAUUUCUUUCCAAGAAUAGGUCAUUGUGUACAAACAUAACAUUACUAAUAUUUGUGAUAUUUUCUUUACCUAUGAUAGGUCGAAGGUGCUGCUGAAUAUACUCUGAUACUUUGUUUUUACUUUUAGUUACACAAAAAUAAAAAAAUGCUGUUAAAAAGAUUAUCUAAAAAGGGAAACAUCUUUUAUUUAUUUAGAACAUGAGUAUUUAUUUAGAACUUGCGCAACAUUGAUUGCAUUUCCCUUUUGUGUAAUGGUAUACAGAUCAAAAUAACCUAAGAAGAAAUAUUUCAGUUAUUGAUGCAAAUUUAUUUGAUAAAAUAUGUAUGAGCUUCCAAGAAGCUUCUGCCACAUUAGACAAAAAAGGUUUUUUCUGAAGAACAGCCUAACUUUUAUACUAGAUUAACAAUCAUUCUUUAUUAGGUUAAAAAUGAAAAUAAUUAAGAUUAAAAAUAAUUAUUCCCAUAACUGUACUGUGUAUUAUAGCUUCUAGAACUUUGUUGACAAUACUUGCUGUAUACUGCUAUCUAUUACGGCAACGAACGAAUAUUCACUGACGUACCUAAAAUUGUGCAUGAAAUCUUGUUCUCUCUCUCUCUUUUUUUAAGGGGAAAAAAAGAGCAGAAACAGAAAUGAUAAGGAUUUACUCAAAUUUUCCUUUAAUAAUUAUUUUGAUUUUUCAGAAUGACUUCCAGGUUUUUGUAAGAAGUUUAGUUAAUUUAAUAUAAAAGAAUUAGAAUAAACAUAAUGCAUAUACUCAUAUGCUAAAAAUGAUUUUUUUCAUUCAAUGAUUAUUUUUUCCAAGAACGAUUUUCGAGUUUCUUUAAAGAUAAAAUAACUGAACUGGAAAUAGUAACUUUGUCUGAUCAAUAUGAUGCAUUCGUUGUCUUAUAAUCGAUAACGUAAAGAAAAAAAGAGCCAUUUGAAAUUUUAAAUUAAGAUAAAAUUUAACCUUAGCUUCGUUAAGAAACCGGAAAUCUUUUCAGAAUACAAGCAUGGAAUUAAAAAGAGUAAAGCGAUUUAUUUUUAUUCUUAAAUGGAAUUAAUAUCAACGAUAUUAAUUUUUCAAUUGAAUUUAAGAACAGAGAGCAAAUUUUUAAAAGGUUAGAGAGUAAAUGGAAAUAUUAUUUUUAAAUUUUAUUUGCAUUUACGUAAGAUUUCAGUUGGGCAAAACUCAGUCUAAUAUGGAUGUUGACUUCAAUCCAAACCUGCAGCAUUUUUAGGGCAAAACGUAAUUUUUUGGUAUGGAAUAUAUUUUCUAUGAAGCCAAAAAUAUUCUGUUGACAAUUUUAAAAUAAUAUUUUGAAACUGAUUUGAAUGAUCUGAUAUUUAGUUAAAAAUUUUUAUUUUUAUUAUUUCGUAUUCAGACCGUACUGUAUUUAAUUAGGAUAAACGAAUGUUUUUUAAAAAUCUAGAUCAAGAUAUUUCUGACGAAUAAGCACUGCAACUGAAAUUUAGCACCACAUUUUCCCUUUUUCUUUCUUUCUUCUAUUUUUUAAGAGAUAGAAGAAUGAAAAAAUGUUACCAUUAUUAUUUACAUUUUAAUAUUAUUCCUUUUUAUAACUGAUGCAAAAAAGAGAAAUUUCAGAGCUUUGCUUUGUUGUAACAUUAAAUUUCGAAAGCUUUUAAGUUAAUGUUUUGAGUGUGUAAUUAAAAAUAAAAAAUAUAU